AUGGCAGACGUCAUCAGCAAAGAUCCUAGAAUACAAUGGAUAUGCAGGAAGGCUCUGUCCGGUCUAAUGCUCGAGAUCAACGAUACAUCAGACACAUCAACCACUUUGAUCAAAUCCUGCUUGGAACGAGACAGUGGUCGUACUCUCGAGCACGUAAUUAAUUUCAUUGACGACAAGCCUGAUCAAGAUGGUACAAUCCCUUCUGUCAUGCUCGUAUGGGCUGAAGUCGUCCAUACUCCAAUAAUACACCCAAAAAUCGACGAGUCGAAUGCACUCGGAAUUCCGGCUACUAUUGCAAAUACAACAGCCACUUCGCAGCUGCUUGGAACCCCGUCUGCAACAGACAGCAUUAAAACUUCCAAACCAUCUACACCAUCAAAUCUACCAGCCCUGCCAAAGGCACCUUCAAUGCAAUCCGUACCCCCUGUUGCAGUACCACAAAAUGUACCGACCGAGUCAGAUAGUGGAUCUGCCCCGAAGUUGGACGUGUCAGCUGCUGAAGAUGUGACAAAAACGUCGAAUAUGGGUAAUUCUGACUCAGAGAAUGGUGCCAGCAUAUCUGAAGCUCGUCAGGUUUCGAUAUCUGGAUCGAUCAUUAUUUCAUCAACCACAAACAUUGCCAUGAAGACGGAACAUAUAAUACAUGUCGGCUUCCAGAAACUACCCGAGGACAUUGCUGAUGUGGACGCCGUGUACUUUAUGAGAGAAAAGCCCGGUGUUAUACCUAUGCCGCACCCUGGUCAAGAAUCAGAGCAAAUGCUGGAAUGGCUACAAGUCGGCUACAUGUCAGGCCGAGCUCUCAACGCUUUGGAACGAAUGCUAUCAGAGGUGUAUCUCCCACUCUUAACUGAAACCACCUCUGCAUUUACAUCUUCUCGAGCGGGUCAACCACCAUCUACAGCUGCUGAAUCCGCAGCAGUUACAGGACGUGCUGAAUUGGCACUUUCUGUCCAAAAAUUUGCUGCUCAUGUAGCUCAUACACAUCAGCAUCUAGCUGGAGAAAAUAGGCUACGGAUUCCAGAAAAGAUUCGUAUAACCGACGUAUCGGAAGCUGCUCGUGACGCCUCCAUGGUCCGAGAAUUAGAACAUUUAGCUGAUGAAUGGGUUGAAGCUAUAGUCACCACUCUUGCCAAAGAAUCAGAAAAGCAACCUGUUGGUGAGGGUGCUCUGGCUGAAAUCGAAUAUUGGAGAACUCGAUCAGUGAACUUAUGUACCUUGUUUGAGCAGCUCUCGUCGCCUGAAGUCAGAGCUAUUCAGCAAGUGUUGGUUAAAGCGGGAGUACCUGUACUCGGUGUACUUGAAUUUCAAUUGGGUGAAUUGAACAAGAAUUGUGCAGAGGCUAGAGAUAAUGUUCGCUUUUUGGGCACCCUGGAACGACACUUUAAGAAUAUUGUUGUCGGAAGUCUUCAAAGUGUUCAGGAAUCACUUCCUUCGCUCAUGAAUGCCAUACGAAUGGUUUGGAUCAUUUCUCGUCACUACAACCGUGACGAAAGAAUGGUACCGUUGAUGGCCCGUAUUGCUUGGGAGCUUGCGCAUAAAGUUGCUGGUGUAGUAGAUGUGCGAACCAUAUUACGAGAGCCUCCAGCAGAAGCUCGUCGUAAGAUAUCAGAAGCUAAAAGUUUGCUUGAGAUGUGGAGCAAGUCCUACUUCCAAACUCGAGAACGUAUUGAGGCCUCUGGGCGUGAUCAACGUUGGGAAUUUGAUCGUCGUCGUCUCUUUGAUCAGACAAAUCUCAUGGCAUCUCGUUGUGCUGACUUGCAAGAAGUAGCAGAAGUCAUGGAACAAUUCCAAUCCAUAUUUGGAGCUGAAUUGAAAGCCGUCACAGGAGAUCCAACUCAAAUUGACGAGGUUGUUAAACGUGUAGAAGCUCUAUCUGGGCCAUUUGAGUCUAUUACAUUUGACAUCUGGAAUCGCAGAAAUCAAUCAUUCUGGGAUUCUCUGAUGCAACGAUUCCGUGAACAAACGGCUCAGAUCGAAGAAAUGGCUAGAUCAUUUUUGGAUGCAUCCUUCAAAAAGCUGAGAUCUGCUGAAGGUGCAUUUGACUUGCUACAAAACGUACGAUCCGUCAAGUCUCGAGAGAGCAUCAACCGUCAACUCAUGACCAAGUGGUAUGAGAUUCUGGAUCAAUAUAGUCGAGAAGUGGACGCUAUUGGAGAAAUCUUCAGGAAGAAUUGUGAUGAUCCUCCUAUUGCCAAGAAUCAACCUCGUGUAGCUGGAGCUAUUGCAUGGUCACGUUCCUUGUUUGGGCGGAUCAAAAAGACCAUUGUUCGCUUCCAGUCUUUGCAAGAAAUGCUGACCAGUGAACAAGGUCAAGAGGCCACUCGCAAUUACAAAAUGGUGGCUAAUGAGAUGCGAGCCUAUGAAAAAAGACUCUACGCUGAAUGGACUCAGAAUGUUGAAACCAUGUCAUUACAUUACCUCAAGUCUCACGUUCUUGCCAAAGUUGCACCACCCACCAGUGCUGCUAUUCACGCAUCAACGCCUCAAGACGGUGGACUCACAGAACACUUACGAGUCAAUUUCCAACCCGAAUUGCGCGAAAUGAUUCGUGAAACUAAGUGUUUAGAUCGUAUGGGCUUUGAGGUUCCGGAGGCUGCCAUGAAUGUAGCACUUCAGGAAGAGAAAUAUCACAACUAUGUCGAGUCCUUGUCCGCUAUGCUCACUGCCUACCACUCAGUUAUUGAUGUAUUGGAUACUGCUGAACGUCGAUUGCUGCAAAAUCACAUUCAAGAAUUGAAACGUGCAUUGAAUCCUGGCAUGACCAGGUUGAAUUGGAAUUCGCUGGGCAUUCCUGACUUUAUCUCACGCUGCAGUGUGGAAAUCAACAAGUUUUCAUCGAUUGUCAACCAAAUUCGAAAGAAUUCUGGUAACAUAUCGCAGAUUGUAGAUAUGAUUACCCACACAAUGCUCGUUCGUGAACCACCUCCAGAAGAUAUUAUGGAUGCUCAUGAAUUCUUUGAUUUCGAGAAUCGACAUCGCACUACCUCUCUUACCACCAUUGUCAACAAAUAUAAGAGCAUUGGUCCUUUGCUUGUUAAAAUGGAAUCACUUGUCGCUGGUACCAACAGUGGAAGGAGUAAAGCUCUCAAAGACUAUUAUGCUUUUUGGGAGCGUCGAAUCUUUGUGGCUCUCACUGCUAUGGUCUUCAACAACAUUACGUACCUUCAGUCUAUGUUGUGUCGAGAAGUCUCCAAGAAGAUAGUCAAGGGCAAAGGCGCCUUUAGCACAGCACCAACCAAGAAGCCACCACUUUUCAAAGUCCAGGCAUCUCUAUCAGCGCCAGAAAUUGUAGUUUCGCCACUCUCGGCCGAAAUACAUCGAUCAGUGACAAGAUUGGUUCGGUCGGUAAUUGAUGCCACACGACAAUUUCACAGGUGGCAGAAUGGAACAUGCAUAUUGUGUCCUCCACAACAACUCGGUGAAGAUGAAGACGCGGUCGUGUUUAGUUUCCAUCCAGACGUGAUGGCAUCUACGCAUAUCGGGUAUGCUGUAAACGGUCUCAACCAAGAAAUCCAAAGGACUUUCGGAGGUCUGAGUAAAUGGUUGGAUAGUUGGCGUAAAUAUCGGCCUUUAUGGAAGGUUGAUAAGGUGGUCACAUUGGAAAAGUUUGCUCAAAAGAAGCCGUCCAUUGUCAGCUUUGACGACAAGCUAGUCUUCUACUCAAGAUUGGCAAAGGACUUGGAAGUUCAGCCUACGUUUAAAGAUCUCGACUUUAUUCGUAUCAUGUGUGUCCCACUCCAGCAGGCGAUUCAUAAUGAAGCAACCACUUGGGUGUUUUCUAUUGGAAAACAUUUGAAUAUGAUGGCGAAAGGGGGCUUAGAUGAUCUAGAAGGUUUGAUAUCUAAAGCAAAUGAAGAUUUGCAACGUAGGCCAACUACUCUUGAUGAUUUAACAUUCGUGUUGAACGCCAUCGCUGAGCUACGAAACGCUUCUGGUGAUAUUGAAGCUAAAUACUCUGAAGUCACUGAAGCCUAUCGAACUUUGGCCAUGUAUUCAAUCCAAAUAGAUCCAGCAGAGCUAGAAGCUGUACAGACCUUCCCAUCCAAAUGGCAAGAAGCACUAAAGAGUGCAGCAGAGCUAGAGACUACCUUGGUUCCCAUCAAGCAGCAAUUCACUCAAUCGACGGUUGCUGAAGUGACGGAAUUCAGGCAAGAGAUUCGUCGAUACCGUGAAGAAUUCCUUAUAUCUGGGCCAGGCACUAUUGACAAAGACAUGGAAUCUGGUCUUAAAUUGUUGGGUGAAGCCAAGACUGCUGUUGGUGCUUUGACUAGUAGACGUGAAGCUCUCGUACGAGCCGAAAAGCUCUUUGAUCUUCCUAUAACAGCAUACCCUGAACUGUUUGAGCUUGACACCGAGUUGAAGGACUUGGACAAAGUCUACGACUUGUAUGUGGAAGUACGAGAUGCCAUGAAGCAAUGGUCGACUGGUCUAUGGUCAGCCUUGGACGUGACGGUGUUGAAUAAAGGGAUUGAUGUCUUCUCGACCCGUCUACGUAAAAUGGCAUCAUCACUCAAACAGCUGCCACCAUAUAACGUAGUAGCCAAUCAAAUAAUGACUUUUAAAGACUCGGUGCCGCUUUUGCAAGAAUUGAAGAGUGAAGCUCUUCGAGAAAGACAUUGGCGUAAACUGAUGGAAGUCACUGGCCAUCCAUUUGAUAUGUCGGCUGAUACAUUCACUCUGGAAAAGCUGUUUGCUAUGAAUCUUGCUGCACAUGCCGCUGAGAUUGGUGAAAUUGUAUCUGGAGCUAAUAAGGAACUUAGCAUUGAGAACGGUCUUCGCGAGAUAGAAAAUAUAUGGCACGAUACCAAAUUCACCGUCGUCAAAUAUGCAAAAGGCACGGAAGAUCGUGGUUGGAUUCUUGGUGCUAUUGAUGAAAUUCUCACGGCCUUGGAUGAUAAUGCUAUGGCACUACAAUCUAUGAGUGCUUCUCGAUUCGUUACCGCCUUUUUAGAUCAAGUCCAGCACUGGGAAAAGACACUUUCUGUAAUUGGCGAAGUCUUGGAAGUUUGGAUGGUAGUCCAACGUAAAUGGAUGUAUCUCGAGUCCAUUUUUAUUGGGUCAGGAGAUAUUAGACAGCAACUUCCGGAAGAAGCUGCUCGCUUUGACCGUAUAGAUCGAUCUUUUAAAAAGAUUAUGGUGGAGACUGCCAAGCACCCAGUAGUAGUUGAAGCUGCUUCUGCUGAAGGUCGUCUUCAAACACUACGUACUUUGGCCGGUGACUUGGAAGCUUGUCAGAAAUCGCUAUCUGAUUAUCUAGAAAGUAAACGAAAUGCCUUCCCUCGGUUCUUCUUCAUAUCUGAUGAAGAAUUGCUGUCUAUUCUUGGUAGUCAUGAUCCAAAGAAUGUGCAAGAACAUAUUAUCAAAAUGUUUGAUAACGUGCUCAAAUUGUCCUUUGGUACGGGUAAAUUAGAAAAGGCAGUUAUUGGUAUGGCCUCUUCAGAAGGUGAACUUUUAGAAUUCAGGACUCCCACUAUGGUAGAAGGUCGAGUCGAAGAAUGGAUGGGAGCUGUCGAGCAGCAAAUGAAAAAGACGAAUCGAGCUAUACAUAAAGAAGCAGUCUUCAAAUACCCAGAAAUGGAUCGUCUCGCUUGGUUGGCUAAUUACCAAGGGAUGGUGUCUCUGGCCUCCUCUCAAGUUUGGUGGACUUGGGAAGUAGAAGAUGUCUUUCGUAAAAUAAAACAGGGAGACAAACUGGCCAUGAAAAGAUAUUCCAAGAUGCUCGGUGACCAACUUGUUCGCCUUGUAGUCGAAGUGCGCUCAGAUCUAUCAACGAAUGAGCGUAAGAAGGUCAACACACAAAUCAUCGUGGAUGUCCAUGCUCGUGACAUCAUUGACCGAUUCGUACGAGACUCUAUAACGGAUGAGGGUGAAUUCGAAUGGGAAUCACAGUUACGAUUUUAUUGGGAUCGUGUCACUGAUGAAUUAAUAGUCAAACAAUGUAAUGGUGUCUUUGAUUAUGGAUACGAGUAUAUGGGUCUGAACGGUCGUCUAGUCAUAACGCCUUUAACGGAUCGAUGUUAUCUCACCCUGACUCAAGCGCUCUCAAUGAAGCUUGGUGGUGCUCCUGCAGGUCCCGCUGGAACAGGCAAAACCGAGACAGUGAAGGACUUGGCCAAAGCUUUGGGUCUGUUAUGUAUGGUAACGAAUUGUGGUGAGGGUAUGGACUAUCAGGCCAUGGGCAAGAUAUUCUCUGGUCUAGUACAAACGGGAGCAUGGGGUUGUUUCGAUGAAUUCAACCGUAUCGACCUUCCUGUAUUGUCUGUCAUCUCUGCUCAAAUUCGUACCAUUCAAAACGCCAUGAUAAUGGGUCUAAAACGCUUCCAGUUUGACGGAGCUGAAAUUAGUCUGGAUCGUAAAAUGGGUAUCUUUAUUACCAUGAAUCCUGGAUAUGCUGGACGUACCGAACUUCCUGAUAAUUUAAAGGCACUCUUCCGACCAGUGGUUAUGGCUGUCCCUGAUUUAGAAUUGAUUUGUGAAAUCAUGCUGUUUUCUGAAGGGUUUACAGCUGCCAAGUCUUUGGCGAAGAAGAUGGUGGUCUUGUACAAAUUGGCUCGUGGUCAAUUGUCAAAGCAAUAUCACUACGAUUUUGGUCUUAGGGCUUUGAAGUCUGUGUUGGUCAUGGCUGGAAGCUUGAAACGAGGAGCACCAGAUCUCAACGAAGACGUGGUGCUCAUGCGUGCUCUACGAGACAUGAACUUGCCAAAGUUCGUGUUUGAGGAUGUACCGCUCUUCCUUGGUUUAAUAUCGGACUUAUUCCCCGGACUUGAUUGUCCACGUGUACGAUACCCCAACUUUAAUGAUGCCGUCGAGAAUGUGUUGCAAGAGUUAGAAUUCGUUAGUCUUCCUGAUCAGGUUGACAAGGUCGUCCAAUUGUACGAGACCAUGUUGACACGACACACGACGAUGGUAGUUGGUCCUACUGGUGGUGGAAAGACUGUCGUCAUUGAUACAUUAUCAAGAGCUCAGACCAAGCUUGGCUUGACUACACGUCUAUUCGUACUGAAUCCCAAGGCCGUGACAGUAUCCGAGCUAUAUGGAUUGUUGGAUCCUGUUACUCGUGACUGGACUGAUGGUCUCUUGUCAAACAUCUUCCGUGAACUCAAUCGCCCAUCUGAUAAAAAGGAGCGUAAAUAUAUCGUUUUCGAUGGAGAUGUUGAUGCUGUUUGGGUUGAGAACAUGAACUCUGUCAUGGAUGAUAACAGGCUGCUCACUUUGCCCAACGGUGAACGUAUACGAUUACAAAAACAUGUUGCACUGCUGUUUGAGGUUGGUGAUUUGCAAUACGCAUCUCCCGCUACCGUCUCACGUUGUGGUAUGGUGUAUAUGGAUCCCAAAAAUCUUGGAUUCCAACCAUUCUAUCAAAAAUGGUGCAAUACCAAACAUGCUGGACCAGAUUCUUUAAUCUUGCUCAAGUACUUUACAAAAUAUGUGACACCUCUGAUCGAGAUGGUGCUUGAGGGCUCAUCACUUGGCAACCGUCUGACUCAAGUCAUUCGUAUCAAUGCUCUGGGCAUGGUUUCGCAAUUAGCAAAUUUGGUUGAUUGCCAACUGCCCGAGAAUGAUGCCAAGCAGCCUGCCACACCAGAAAACUUGAUGGAAGCUGUAUUCAUUCAGAGUGUCAUCUGGUCGAUUGGUGCCACUAUUUUGGAAUCAGAUCGCCCAGCAUUUUCUGAAGUAGUGAAGAAGCUAUCAGAGUCGAAUGUCCAAGCAGGGGAGACUGUCCUAGUUGGCGGUCUACCAUCUGAUGGGAACCUAUAUGAAUGGUUUUUUGAUGCCACCCAAAAGCAGUGGUCUCCAUGGAAGAAGUUUGUGCCCAAGUAUGAGCAUAGUAAAGCAAUACCCUUCCAUAAAAUAUUAGUCCCGACUAUGGAGACAGUCCGUCACACUUGGCUUUUGGAGAAACUAGUCACUGCAAAGAAGCCAGUGCUGUUUGUGGGUGAUGUAGGAACCUCCAAGACUGUCACUGCCCUAAACUAUCUACGUCAACUACCAGCAGAUCGCCAUCUCCUUCUAAAUAUAAACUUCUCCAGUCGUACGAGCUCAAUGACAGUCCAAAAGAAUUUGGAAAUCAACGUCGAGAAACGUACCAAGGAUACGUAUGGACCAACAGCAGGCAAGAGGCUUGUCGUGUUUGUGGAUGACUUGAAUAUGCCAUCCAAGGAUACGUAUGGUACUCAACAGCCCAUCGCCCUUCUCAAAUUGCUGAUUGAGCGUGGUGGUCUAUACGAUCGUGGUAAAGAAUUAAAUUGGAAAUAUCUGAAGGACGUCCAAUUCAUUUCUGCCAUGGGAACCCCCGGUGGUGGCCGUAAUGACGUAGAUCCACGAUUCGUGGCAUUGUUCAAUGUAUUCAAUGUCACUUUCCCAACGGAGACGUCGCUACUGCAGAUUUACUCCGGUAUCCUCUUGGGACAUACUUCCGCAUUCGCUGAUGCUGUUCGUACCACAUCGGAGAAGCUCACGAAGUUGACGUUGAAGCUGUACACUGAGAUUUCAAAGAAUCUCCUACCGACUCCUUCUAAAUUCCACUAUAUCUUUAAUUUACGUGAUAUCUCACGUGUAUACGAAGGCCUGUGUGCUGCAACACCAGAUCACUUCGAAACUGGCCCUCAAAUGGCUCGUUUGUGGAGAAAUGAGGCUAUGAGAGUGUUUUAUGACCGUCUGGUCACUGAUGCAGAUCGCACAUAUGUAAAGAAGCUCAUAGACGGAUUGGUAGACCAGACCUUUAGUAGUGACGUAGCAUACGUAAACAGAAACCCAAUCUUGUUUGGUGAUUUCCGACAUGCCAUGCAAGAAGAUAGUGCAAAACUGUAUGAGGAUCUUCUCGACUUUACAGCAGUCAGGUCUAUAUAUCAGGAAAUUUUGGAAGAGUACAAUGAGAAAUUCAACCGUAUGAACCUUGUACUCUUUGAAGAUGCCCUAGACCAUCUGACUCGUAUCCAAAGGGUCAUAAGAAUGCCAAGAGGCCAUGCACUUCUGAUUGGUGUUGCUGGUAGUGGAAAACAGUCUUUGACCAAACUAGCAGCCUUUACAGCUGGGUACACAGUCUUUGAAAUAACACUGACUCGAGGCUAUGGCGAGCUGGAAUUCCGAGAGUCACUCAAACUCUUGUAUUCUCAGCUUGGCUCGGGCAAAAAGACUGUCUUCUUGUUUACUGAUGCCCACGUCGCCAAGGAAUCCUUCCUUGAAUCCAUAAAUAAUAUGCUCACGACCGGUAUGGUGCCCGCCUUGUAUGAGGAUGACGAGAAGGAAGUCAUAAUGAGCUCCAUUCGAGAUGAAGUCGCUGCUCACGGCAUAGUGCAAAGUCGAGAAAAUGUGUGGAACUUCUUUAUAGAAAAGUGUUGUGAUAAUCUACACAUUGUCCUUGCCAUGUCUCCUCAAGGUGACAAGCUUCGAGACCGAUGUAGAAGCUUCCCUGGUCUUGUAAACUGUACAAUGAUUGACUGGUUCCCUCCAUGGCCCGAAGAGGCUUUGUUGUCUGUUUCUGAGGCGUUCCUAAAGGAUGAGAACGUCGUUCCAGAACACAAGUCAAAUAUUGUCAGGCACAUGGUCGGUGUGCAUUUGUCUGUUGGUGACUUCAGCACACAAUUCCAGCAGAAAUACAGGCGUACAAAUUAUGUGACGCCCAAGAGUUACCUAGAUUAUAUAGGCACGUACAAUCGUCUGCUCCAAGAGAAUCAGGAACUCAACGGAAGGCUCUGUACUCGUCUUGAGUCUGGUCUGUCCAAGUUGGAAGAAUCUUCUGCUCAACUCGCUGUGUUGAAUGUACAGCUAGCUGAACAAAACAUCGCAGUCAAAAAUAAAACAGAGGCUUGUAAUAAAUUGCUCGAAGUCAUCGUAGCCAACACCAAGGAAGCUGAAGAGAAGAAAGAGCUAGCUGACAGGAAAGCUGGUGAACUUGAAACGCAAAAUCUGCAGAUCGCUCAAGAUAAGGCUGAAGCUGAAAUCGCCUUGUCAGAAGCACUUCCUGCUCUAGAAGCUGCUCGUCUAGCAUUGGCCAACUUGUCGUCAUCCGAAAUCACAGAAAUCAGAUCGUUUGCUAAACCACCCAAGGAAGUUCAAAAGGUCUGUGAAUGUGUCUGUGUUAUUAAAGGCAUCAAGGAUGUUUCAUGGAAGUCAGCAAAGACUAUGAUGUCUCAGAUCGACUUUAAGGCAUCACUUAUGACACUUGAUGUAGACGGUAUCCGGCCAGCUCAAACUAAAGCCGUAAAGGAUAUCAUAAAGGAAAUGGACGUUACUGUAGACCGUAUGAAGGAGAUUUCUUCCGCUGGAUCUGGUCUGCUGACCUUCGUCUUAGCUGUAGUUGGUUAUUGUAACGUAGCCAAGACUAUCGCACCUAAACGUGCCGCCGUCGCUCAACUAGAACGUGAUUUGAUGAUGAGUAAAGCUGAAUACGAACGGAUUGUACAGGAGCUGUCUCGUCUGACAAAAGAAUUGUCGACUCUCCAAUCUAGUUUCCAUCAAGCAAAGACUGAACAGCUUGAACUUAAAGAGAUGGCUGAGAUUAUGCAAAGGCGUUUGGCUGCUGCCGAUAAACUUAUCAGUGGUCUCAGUUCAGAACGUGUCCGAUGGGCCGAAGACUUGACGGGCUUAAAGGAGCAAAGAACUCAGUUAUUGGGAGACUGUCUGUUGAUAUCCGCCUUUUUGAGUUAUACUGGUGCAUUCAAUUGGGAACUUCGUAAUGAGCUUAUAUAUGAAAAGUGGCUCAAAGACUUGAGAAGCCGUGGAGUUCCCAUAUCGAAGAACUUUAAGGUCGAAAAGCUCUUGACCACCGACGUCGAAAUGAGCAAAUGGGCCCAAGAAGGUCUACCAUCCGACGAAUUGUCAAUCCAGAACGGUAUUCUAACGACAAAAGCCAGUCGUUUCCCACUGUGUAUCGAUCCACAAGAGCAGGCACUAGCAUGGAUUCGUAAACGUGAAGCUGCCAAUAAUUUGAAGGUGUCGUCAUUCAACGAUCCCGACUUCUUGAAGCAUCUUGAAAUGGCCAUGACUUACGGCUUUCCCUUCCUCUUUGAGGAUGUCGACGAAUAUAUAGAUCCAGUCAUCGAUGCCGUAUUAGAAAAAAACUAUAAAACUACAGGUUCUCGUAAAUUUAUCGUCCUUGGUGAUAAGGAAGUAGACUUUGAUCCCAACUUCCGAUUAUACCUCGUGUCACGACUAGCCAAUCCUGUUUACACUCCCAAGGUGUUUGGUAGUGCUAUGGUCAUCAACUAUAAUGUCACCUUCAAAGGAUUGAGUGACCAGUUGCUCAACUUUGUAGUCCGUCACGAACGAAAAGAGUUGGAGGAGAUGAGAGAACGGCUUGUAAUGGAAAUGAGUCAGAACAAGACUCUUCUCAAGGAUCUGGAAGACACUCUGCUACGAGAAUUGGCAUCAUCAACAGGUCUAAUGUUGGAUAAUGUUGAGCUAAUUCGAACUUUGGAAGAGACGAAAUCGAAGGCUACCGAAAUCGCUCAAAAGCUUGUCUUGGCUAAUCAAACAUCCGAAGAAGUCGAAAUUUCUCGUGAUGGAUAUAGACCAGUUGCCAAAUGUGGAGCCAUCUUAUACUUUGUCUUGUCUGAGCUCUCGGCCAUUAACCCCAUGUACGAAUACUCCCUAUCAGCCUUCUUGGAAGUUUUCUCUGCAUCUCUGUCAAAGAGUAAGCCAGAUCCUGUAGUAGCCAAACGAUUAGUCAAAAUCACGGACACAUUAAAAUAUGCCGUAUAUAAUUAUGCAUGUACUGGGCUGUUUGAACGUCACAAGCUGAUGUUCUCAUUCCAAAUGACUAUAAGGCUUAUGGAAGGUGAUGGGCUGAUUGACCCAGCUGAGCUAAACUUCUUCCUCAAGGGUGAUAUAACGCUGGAGAAUCCCAAGGAAGCAAAACCAGUAACAUUCAUAACGGAUCAGGGAUGGAAGGAUUUAGUACGUCUAUCUACAUUGAAUCCAAUCUUUGCUGCCUUGCCAGAUCAGCUACGAGGAGAAAAGACGAAGGCUAACUGGGCACAAUGGUGUGCAUUAGAUGCCCCUGAAAUGUCACCAUCGCCAUACGAUGACUUGCAAAAGUUGAAUGCGUUCCAACAAUUGUGUUUGUUGAGAUGCUUCCGAGUCGAUCGUGUUUAUAAUGCAGUCACUAAGUAUGUAAUUGACCACAUGGGUGAAAAGUAUGUAAUGCCGCCAGUCAUCAACUUUGCCAAUAUCUUUGAACAGUCGUCACCCAACACCCCAGUCGUAUUCGUAUUGAGUCCCGGUGCUGAUCCACAAACAGACCUACAGAAACUCGCGGAAACUCUUGGAUAUGGUGGUAAUAGGUUGAAAUUCUUGUCUCUUGGUCAAGGACAAGCACCAAUAGCUUUGCAAUUGCUAGAAACGGCAGUGGCGCGUGGACAGUGGCUCAUGUUGCAGAAUUGCCAUUUGCUUGUAGCAUGGCUUCGUACUCUAGAAAAGGUGCUGGAAAAGAUUGAUCGACCACAUAAAGACUUUAGAUUGUGGCUCACGACAGAACCAACGCCACAAUUCCCUAUCGGUAUUCUGCAAAGAUCACUCAAAGUAGUCACCGAACCGCCAAACGGUCUGAAACUCAAUCUACGUAGCACGUAUUACCAUCUGACUGAAGAAAAUCUCAAAGAUUGCUCCCACGACCUCUUCCGUCCACUUGUAUUCGCCUUAGCAUUCUUCCACGCUGUAGUCCAGGAGCGAGGAAAAUACGGCAAGAUUGGAUGGAAUGUGAAGUAUGACUUUAAUGAGUCUGACUUUAGGGUAUCCGCAAUAAUUCUACGCACCUACCUCAACAAGUCACUCGGUAAUAUUGAGAAUAAAAUACCAUGGACCACUCUCCGAUAUCUUAUUGGUGAAACUAUAUAUGGUGGUCGUGUCACGGAUGACUAUGAUCGUCGAGUCUUGAUGACGUAUCUUGAUGAAUAUCUAGGCGAAUUCUUAUUCGACAACUUCCAGCCUUUCGCCUUCUUUGCCAAUAACAAAGUGACGUAUAAUAUACCACCAGGAACCAGUCGUGAUACUUAUCUUAAUGCCAUUGAGGAAUUACCGUUGACCAACUCGCCCGAAGUAUUUGGUCUUCAUCCCGACGCAGAAAUUGGCUAUCUAAUCGACUCGGUUCGAAGUAUGUGGAGCCAACUGACCAGCUUACAGCCCCGUACAAUGGAUGGUGUCGGUGGUAUUAGUCGUGAAGAAUUUAUUGGUGGUAUUGCCAAAGAUAUACAGGCCAGACUUCCAAUACCAUACGAUAUCUCUAAAAUUCAGAAGGAAUUCAAGGUACCAUCGCCAACGCAGGUCGUACUCUUACAGGAACUGGAACGUUGGAAUAAUCUCGUAGAAUCUAUGAAGCACUCGUUACGUGAUUUGGCUUCAGCAUUGAGGGGAGAAAUCGGAAUGAGUGCCAAACUUGACGACGUUGCUAAUGCCUUGUUUAAUGGUACAAUUCCGGGUCUAUGGCGUAAUCUAGCACCUCAAACAGAAAAAAAUCUAGGCAGUUGGAUGCAGCACUUUGAACGUCGUUAUGCUCAGUAUACUUCUUGGGUAAAACAGGGAGAACCUAUAGUAAUGUGGUUGUCAGGGCUUCAUGUCCCUGAGGCUUAUAUAACGGCUCUGGUCCAGACAACAUGCAGAAAGAAUGGCUGGCCUCUAGACAGAUCAACAUUAUAUACACAAGUGACUAGCUACGCCUCUGCGUCUGAAGUCACAGAACGACCACCUAGUGGGUGUUAUGUACAGGGUCUAUAUCUUGAAGGAGCAGGCUGGGAAAUGGAAAAGAGCUGUCUGCGUCGUCUGCCAACUGGUGUUGGUAAUCUCAUCACGAAUCUUCCCAUCCUCCGUAUUAUACCUAUAGAAGCCAGUCGUCUCAAACUUCAAAACACCUUCCGAACCCCUGUAUAUACAACACAACAACGUCGCAAUGCAUCGGGAGUUGGAUGGGUAUUUGAUGCCGAUUUAAGCACGAAUGAGCACUCUAGUCACUGGACUCUACAAGGAGUCUGCCUCUUGCUCAACACAAGCUUGUAA